CAAACAAAAAAAAUAACACAUAGGUGGGUUUGGGUGUGGAAUUAGCAAAAAAUGGUGAACAAGGAGAUAAUUAGUCCUCUCUCACCUUUACCACCAGCACCACCUCCACUCUCUCUCCACUAUCCCUAUUCCCAUCCAACUCCUCUAACCCUAAUCCCCAAAUUCAUCUCUUUCUUCUUCCGUCGUCUUCCUUUUUCCCUUCGCUUUUUCCCUCCGCCUCCGCCCGACAUUUGGCUUCAAAGCUCUCUGCUUUUCUCUUACUUCGGUUCUCCUCCACUGCAUUCCUGCUUCUCGCUAGGUUUUCGAUCUUUUUGGUCGGGGAGAUUUGUAUUCGACCUCUGAGUUGUGGAAGAAGCAGCAGAAAAGCUGUGCUAUCAUAAAAAUUCUCUUAUGGAAGACUUAAGUGGUACACGGUUUGAUGCUAUUGGCAUUGCAGUAAGGAAGAGGAGGAGUCAAACUUCUCGCAGACCUCGACCUGAUUCACAGCCUACUUCUGAAGGACAUGAUCUGUACCCUUUGUCAUCUACAUCACCUUCAGAUGACGUGGCCAAGGCUUCUAGUGAUGAGAAUGCCGGUUGUGAUUCUAAUUCUAAAAGAAAAGAAUUUAACCUUAACCAAUGUUUCUCUCGAGUCUCCUCUUCUGCCACACCCGAAAAUGAUAAGCCUCUUAAGAAUAAUAAAAAUGACGUAGGAUUCCAUGUGUUUUAUAAUAAUGAACCUAGACAGAGUGGAUUAUCUAAUAAACGCUGUAGUGAAGGUGUCCUUGCUCCUGCUAAUUGGAAAGGCUCUAGCAAAUUAAAAGAUAGCUUGGAAUCAGAAUCAAAAAGUGGGGAUGCGAAUGGUGGAAGGAAUUUGGAGUGGCUGAAUUCGGAACAUUCAGGAGUUCAUCCGGAUGGAGCAGGGAAUGAAAGCAGGGUUAAGAAGGUUAAACUCAAGGUUGGUGGUGUGACACGGACUAUUCAAGCCAACUCUGUAUCUAAUGGGGCAUCAGGAAAUGGAUUGGCUGUAAAGAGCUCUCAGACAUCUGAUUCUUUCAAACAACGUCCAAAGCAAAAGGGAAAUUCAGAUGACAACCAUUCUUCUUCAGAUAAGAGGAGUGGCCUCCAGGGUGUUCCUUGGAAAGAUUUCCCUAAGGGUGGUUUUGGUUUUGGGAAGGAGGAUUCGAUCAUGGGGAAAACUCAUGGGAAGAAUGCGUCAGGUAAGCAAGGGGACAGGUCUGAACCAGUUCGUAAGAGCAAGAGAGUACCUAAGAGACGUGUACUUCAUGGGGAAUUUAGUGAUGAGGAGGAGGAGGAUAUUGAGAUUCGGUACUUGGAAAAGCUCAAAACUUCAAAAGUCUCUGCAGUUUACAGAGAUGAUGAAGAAGUAAGCAAGAAGCACAGAAAACUUUCUAGUGUCUCUAAUAUGGAAAAUGCUGCCUUAUCAAGGUCAGUCAAGGAUGACAAGAAAAAGUCCAGAUCAGAUAGAAUUUAUGAGGAUACAGAUUAUGAGGAAGAAGAGGAGACUGGGUCUGAUGGUGAGCGUGACGAUAGGAAAAAGAAAAAGCAGAGGAAGGAAUCUGUUGAUGUCUUGAUGGACAGUAAAAGAGAAAUAACUCUUACAACUCGCCAACGGGCUCUCCAAUCAAGUAAAGAUGCCUUGGCAUCUGGUUCAAGUUUAAUCGAAUUUCCUAAUGGAUUACCACCCGCUCCACCUAGAAAGCAAAAGGAGAAGCUUUCAGAAGUUGAACAACAAAUAAAGAAGGCAGAGGCUGCCCAGAGGCGAAGAAUGCAAGUAGAGAAAGCUGCCAGGGAAUCUGAGGCUGAAGCUAUCAGAAAAAUACUCGGUCAAGACUCCAGUAGGAAGAAACGAGAAGAGAAAAUGAAGAAGCGCCAAGAAGAACUGGCACAGGAGAAGGCAGCCAAUGCACGAAUGCUUGCGUCAAACACCAUCAGAUAUGUGAUGGGUCCUGCCGGGACUACUGUGACAUUUCCUGAGGAGAUGGGCCUCCCUAGGUUAUUCAACUCCAAACCUUGCGGGUAUCCUCCACCGCGAGAGAAGUGUGCGGGUCCAUCUUGUGGUAACCCAUACAAGUAUCGAGAUUCAAAGUCAAAGCUCCCGCUUUGCAGUCUCCAAUGCUACAAGGCAGUCCGGGAGCAGAUGGUGCCUGCAAAUACCAGUUGAUGUUACCUAAAGUCCCUCUAUCCGCGACUUCUGCCAGUUAUAUAUGGCUUCACAAGUGUUUAUAUCUCUUGGGUAUAGAUUUAGGGUAGAUCGAUUCUGAGCCAUUGCGAGAGCUAAUGUUGCGGAUUGUUCGUUUGCUGCGCCCUGCAUCUUUUUGGGUGAUGGUGCGAGUUAAAUGAAAAUGAAUAACCUUUGCUCUAGUUGCAUGAAAUUUAACGUGAUAAUAUACAAAUUGAUGAAGCAGAUAA